GACGACGACGAUUUCGACGAGUAGUGUUGUGUAAGCUCAGUUGCUCGGCGCUCGGCUUUUCGCGGUCCGUCCACGUCGUCCGGCGGCUACUUUUUACACACAUUUCUAAACAUUAUGCUGUUCAGGUACGAGAGCCAAACAAUCGCAUAAAAGUAGUUGUCGGACGAACGCUUUAAGGAUAAGAAAUAUGGAUACCAAUAACAGUCAGGGUAAUAACAAUAACAACAGCGGAGUCGAUGGCGGUGGAAAUAAUAAUUUCCGAAAGUACAAACGGGUUAAAGCAGGUAACCCGUCGAACCCGAAAACCAAAAAACAAUUGGAAAAUGAGUUGAACCGCCAAAGAAGCUUUUUCGUCAACUGCGGUCCGCAAAAUGUAUCCUCUACCCGUUACAGCAACACGCAGGAGGGAGGCUAUUUGAAUAGGAGUAACAGCAGUGUUGUAGGACAAAAGAAACAUCCCACGCUUGCGAUUUAUCGUCCACCGAGUGUUCGAGGUGACAUAAAUAAUAACAGUGAUAAUGUAUAUGUAGCCAACGGUCAGCAGAAAUCAAAAAAUGUCCAAGAUGUAGCAGACAUAUCUGAAGACAACAGUAAGCUGAACGUGCACGCCAAAGAGUUCUCCUUAGAACGUUCGAAUACCGCUCCUCAGUCUAUAGCGAAUGGUGUAAAACCAGAAGGAACUCGACACAACGCUGCUACGGUAUUGUCAAGAUCGAGAACAUUCUAUACGAACGGUGAUAUUAAACCUAAUAGUCCAAACAAAAGUUACGAUUACAAGAAUAAAUUUUCGUACAACAAUAAUUUUCAACAGGCGAAAUACAUACAACCAAAAGAUACUCAGGGUCCUAAAGUGCAAUUCAAAGACUCUAAACCAAAAUCAAAACCUAUAAUGAAGGACCAACAAAUUAAUAAAUGCGUGACAGAUUCAAAAAAUGACUUUGGUCUAAGAAGGUCGAAAACUUAUAAUGGUCCAGAUAGCAAAUACUACCAUAAUACUUCCGAUGAAACACGCACGUCGUGGAAAAGUCAACCAAACGAAUUUUGUGUCAAAGACUUAAAUUGUUUUCCUGAAGACAUAAACGAUAUGGCCAAACGCAUAGUAAAAGAUACGAAAAACUCGCCAACAAAAGACUUAAUGCUUUUGGCAUUGAAAAUAAUUGAACACGUGGUUAGCAACCAAGAUGCUAUGAAGGCAUCGGUUAAUUUAUCUCUCUACAUAAUUGAGAGAGAUACAAGAGACACUUACGUGAAUAUGAUCAUCAACACUAUCCAAUUGUGGUUUGUAAAACGAGAGAAACUCUUACAACCACCCAGAUUUUUUUCAUAUGCAACAUUCGUACUGAAAAUGUACAAAGGAAUGAAACAGAAUAAAGUGUUAUCGAACAGAAUGGAGAAAGAGGCAUACUCUCGAAAACAAGCUCUACUCAUGUUAUUGUUUAAAAUUUGCGAACACUGUUUAACGCCCAGCAAGGAGAAGAACACAAUUGAAGAAGUCGAGUGUCUGUUUAACAUCGUGGAUGGCGUUGGACGAGACCUGGAACAAGAUGUGCCGGAAACGCUGAAACAACUGUACGUAUCCAUCAGGGACGUUAUGCUGACACGAGACUGUUCGGCUCUAGUGAAAAAGACUCUCCUGCAUCUGAUCGAACUGAAAGCGUCGCAAUGGGCCCUGCCGCCAUCCACGAUACAUUACUACAACUCAAAAACAAACAUUUAGCAUCUAAUAUUUUUGUUUACCGCGCCGAGACCACACUUUGAUAUUAUUUGAAAAAUAAUAUUAUGUUUGAUUGUGAUAACCCUUGGAAAACAUUUUGCAUAUUGUUUUAUGUAUUUGCAGGUAUUUUGGAAAAUCACUUGUAUAUUUUACAAACUGAAUUAUAUAAUCGAAUUAACAAUAGUCUUACGAGUUACGAAAAACAAUAAUUUUGUUCAUGAAUCUGUAUAAUAUCAAUUAUCAACGCUACCUCAUGGUAGCUACCUACAGCAUGGUAAUAUUCGAUAAAAUAAUUUGGCAAAGUGAAAAAUAGAAUAGCCAGAAUGGGUAUACGUACAGCAAGUAUAUUAUGACAAAUUCAUAAAAAAUAUCUUUAGCUUUAUUCAAAUCUUGAUAUCCUUAUGAUUCACGAAGCAUCCAAUAUUAUUUCACGUUACUUAUUCUAUAGCAGGUAUUCGAAAAAAAAUAUGAACGUUAGUUAAUAUUAUAUUGACACACAUUGUUCUAGAAAACACUCAUGUCUUAAUAAUUUGUACAAUAUAUUUAACGAGUUCUUAGCUAUUUUACACAGAAUGGUGUUUUUGACCUUCUUUAGGAUAAACAUUUUGUUUAGUCAAUAGAACUAUACGUAAGUCAUGUGCGUCUAUUAUUGUAACUUCAUUCCUAGUCAUAUUAUAAGAUUGCAGUUUUUUUUAUACCUUUUUUCUAACAGAUUUAUUUUUAUGAAAACUUCCUGUAUACGUUUCAAUAAAAUGGGUAUUCUCAUAACAAUAUUAUCCACGUCAUUAAUAUUAUGCACGAUAAAAAAAUAUUUUUAUACGAUAUAUUUAUUUAUACAUUAUUAAGUGAAAUGUAUUGUAAUGUAACAUGAAUAACUAACAAGUACAUUUAACGCCUGUGGAACUGAAUACGUUGUAAUAAUAUUCUUAUACCUAUUGUAUUGAAAUAAUUGAAACCAAAUAGAUAUUUAAAUUAUUUUU